AUGCAGCACCUGACAGUCUACAAGGUCUUUGCCAUUUGUGGCAUCUUCUGCAUCAUGGUCAUCCACCAAUGCCUCUUGGAAGAGGGGUUGACUGCGGUUUCCUGGGCCAGGGAGCAGGCUGACGUUGUCCUGACUAAUCAUUAUCAACACGUCUUGGCUAUGGCAUUUGCUGUAAAUGAAAUCAAUGAAAACUUCCAGAUCUUACCCAAUGUCACCUUGGGCUUCCACAUUCGGGACAACUACUUCAAUGCAAGAGAGACCUAUCAUGCCACAGUAGAACUUAUCUCAACAAAGAGCAGACUUCUCCCUAACUACAAGUGCGGCAGCAAGAACAAUCCUAUAGCAGUCAUUGGAGGACUUGUAGCUGAAACUUCCUUUUACAUAGCAAGUGUGUUAGCUCUCUACAAUAUUCCACAGCUAAACAUGCCAAUUGUUCAUGCUUCAACCUUUUUCAGAGUUCACUAUCUCAAUGAGCUUCACUACUUUCUGAAAAGUGUCUUAUUUAAUAACAGUGCUGGGGAGAACAUUUCAUUUGAUAGCAGUGGAAAAGUCACAACAAAGUAUGAUAUUAUCAACUGGCUUGCUUUCCCAAAUCAGUCAUUUUUUAAAGUGAAAAUUGGAGAAGUUCACCCAGAAGCUCCUGUAGACCAAAUUCUUACCAUUAAUGAAGAGAGGAUCACAUGGAACAGCUGCUUUAACCAGACACAUCCCCUUUCAGUCUGCAGUGAAAGCUGCCUUCCAGGUUUUUGGAAGAGAAUGAAGGAGGGGGAGCCAUUCUGCUGUUAUGACUGUAUUCCAUGUCCAGAAAGGAAGAUUUCCAAUCAGAAGGACUCAGAUGAAUGCAUCACUUGCGCACAAGACCACUAUUCAAACAGGGAACAAAAUCAAUGCAUUCCCAAAGAUAUCACUUUCUUGUCCUAUGAAGAACUUUUGGGGAUCAUUUUAGUGACUUUUGUCCUUUCCUUUUCUUUCAUCACUCUCUUGGUGCAAGGAAUCUUUAUAAAGCACCACAGCACCCCCAUUGUCAAAGCCAACAACAGGAACCUCACCUAUUGUCUCCUGAUAUGCCUCCUUCUUUGCUUCCUUUGUGCUCUGUUGUUCAUUGGUCAACCACAACUGGUGUCCUGUCUCCUCCAGCAAGUUAUUUUUGGCAUGGUCUUCUCAGUUGCCAUUUCUUGUGUGCUGGCAAAAACGGUCAUGGUGGUUGUGGCUUUUCUUAGCAUCCAACCAGGAAGCAGCCUGAGGAAGUGGGUGGGGAAAGGAGUGGGUAAUUCAAUUGUGAUUUCCUGUUCCUUGUUCCAAGCAGUUCUUUGUUUUGUAUGGCUAGCCACUUCCCCCCCAUUUCCAGAUGUUGACAUGCACUCAGAGGCUGAAGCAGUUGUCCUGGAAUGCAAUGUGGGGUCUGUUACCAUGUUUUACUGUGUCCUGGGCUAUAUGGGCUUCCUGGCCAUUGUUAGCUUUGUGGUGGCUUUCUUGGCCAGGAAAUUACCUGACAGUUUUAAUGAAGCCAAAUUUAUCACAUUCAGUCUCUUGGUCUUCUGCAGUGUUUGGAUCUCUUUUGUUCCUACCUACCUGAGCACCAAAGGGAAAUCCAUGGUGACUGUGGAGAUCUUCUCCAUCUUAUCCUCCAGCGCUGGCCUUCUGGGUUGCAUCUUUAUCCCAAAAUGUUUCAUUAUUAUGCUGAGGCCUGAGUUGAACAACAGGGAAUAUAUGAUAAGAAGAAAAAGGCAAUAA